UUCAAAACAAUCUCAGGGAGUUGUGGUUUGUUCUAGAUUUCUUUUACUUUGCUAGAUUUAUUUUACGCCGAGAAAAUCUUUUUAGGUCAUUGUUUGAUUUUAUUUAUCCUGGACUUCUUGGUUCCUUGAAAGAAUUUAUUGAAAAAUUUUCAAUACCAAUAACCCAGGGUGGUUAUGCAAACGCAACGUCAAUACAAGUCAAAACUGCUUAUAAAUGUGCCUGUAUUCUUAGAGAUGCUAUCAGUCCCUAUCUUUUAAGACGGAUGAAAAAGGAUGUUCAAAUGAUCCUUCAGCUACCAGAAAAAACUGAACAGAUUUUGUUUUGCGAUAUAACUUCUGAGCAACGGAAUUUAUAUCAGGAAUAUAUAACAUCCAAACCUUGUCAAGAUCUGAUAAACGGGCAAAACAUGGCGUUUGCUGCGUUAAUGCAUCUACGAAAGCUUUGUAAUCAUCCUGAUUUAGUAACUGGAGGUCCAAACAAAUAUGGUGAUUUAGAAGACGACAAGAAUCCUGAACAUGAAUAUGGUUCAUAUCAAAGGAGUGGAAAAAUGAUAGUUGUCAAAACUCUCCUUCGACUUUGGUCUCAACAGCAACAAAAGGUUCUUCUUUUUUCCCAAAGCCGCCAAAUGCUUACAAUACUUGAAGGAUUUAUGUCACGAGAGAAUUAUAAAUACCUUAGGAUGGAUGGCACUACUCCAAUAGGAAAACGACAGGAUCUUGUAAACGAAUUCAACACGGAUAAAGAUAUUUUUACUUUUCUUCUAACUACAAAAGUUGGUGGCUUAGGCAUAAAUUUAACAGGUGCCAAUCGAGUUUUAAUUUAUGACCCAGAUUGGAAUCCUUCUACGGACGCACAGGCCCGAGAGAGGGCAUGGCGAAUAGGACAACAAAGAGCAGUUACAGUUUAUAGACUCUUAACGAGCGGUACAAUCGAAGAGAAAAUCUACCAAAGGCAAAUAUUCAAACAUUUUCUGGCGAAUCGUGUCCUUGUUAAUCCUAAACAACAAAGAUUUUUCAAAACAAACGAUUUGCAUGAACUUUUUACAUUGGGUUCUUCAAAAAGCGACAGGAAAUACGGCACUGAAACUGAGGCUGUUUUCAAUUCAGCUUCGUCUUCUGUAACUAGGGCAACUUCUAAACAAAGUGCAAAGGAUUCGAAAAGUUAUAAAAACAACGCAAUAAAUUCAACAAGCGAUGGAAAGGUGAUUGAGGCUUCUAGUUCAAAGGAUGGUGAAUUGAAUGAAGAAACCAGAGAAAAAAUUCGUUUAUUGGCAAAAAAAUAUGCAAGAAAUUUUGGUAAUGGAAAGCGUGAAAUCCAAAAAAAGAAAUCAAGUGAUCUUUUCGAUGGUCAAAUCAUAGUUCCAAUGUUGAAAAAACAGCAAGUUGUUUCAAAAUUGAAAGCAGAAGAGAGUGAAAAUUUUUGCAGCAAAGAGCAGGAUGAUUAUGUUCUGGGAAAAUUACUUAGGAAAAGCAAAUGCGGAGUUAAUUCUACAUUGAUGCAUGAUGAAAUUAUUCAAACGAGUUCAACAGUUGAUAUACAACUAAUUGAGGAUGAAGCAAAUGCUGUUGCAAAAAGGGCAGCAAAUGUGUUGAAACGUAGUAGAACAAUGCAUUCAGCGUUUCUUGAAAAUAUAUCAGAAUUUGGGAUUGCCCCGAGAUCGAAAAAAUCACUUUUUGGGCAAAAGCGAGCUCCUGAAUAUUCUGAUAUUAAUAACGUCACAAAUGGCGUUACUGAGCAUCAUAAUCAACAAGCUGAGGAUGAUGGACAUGAUAAUCCUUUUGGAGGAACUUCAAUUCUAGACGAGUGUAAGGAAGUUAGUGGCGCUGAUUUGCUGCGUUCUAUCCGACUCAGGAAAGAAAAACAAUUAGAUAUAAAUGAGAAUUGUAACGACGAGGAUGACGAAUCAGAUGUUUUUUGUUUCAAUAUUUGAAGCUAAAUUAGAUAUUUAGGAAUAUCCAUCAUUUCCAAAAACGCAGACUCAAUCAACGUUUAAUGAUAAGAAUGAGAAGUUAGCUGCAGAGCUCCGUAACUUUUUAGCAGUAAAUAAUGGUCGCGCAAGUACAAAUGAAAUUCUCUCACGGUUUAAG